GCAUUUUCAGAAGGGACUGCAUCCACGUUCAACUAUUCCUUUAAAGAGACAGCACCUUUCGUAGUGAAAAAUGCCCUAGGUGUUCCUCUCAAAGUGCUUCCUAGCUCCAAUUUUCGGAUAGUGGGUUCAGUUGAAAAAGAAAACAUGAACGAUGUGGAAAUUGGACAGAACAUGGAACUGGAAUACUCUGUUUUCGAAGCACACCAACGAGGAAAAUUGUCUGCAUUGUACCGACAAGAAAGCUCCGUCUUCUCUUUAAAUUUAGAACUUCAAGGAUAUAGAGAAGUGGUAAACAUUCCCAUAGCCAAACCAGGUCGUCGACUGUACAACAUAAGAAACCUUCUUGUUGAUCGUUCAGACUCUAUCAUUGUACAGAUAGAUGCUGCAGAAGGAAAUAAGGUUAUUACUGUACGAUCUCCUCUACAGAUCAAGAACCAUUUCUCAAUCCCAUUUAUAAUCUAUAAACUGGCUAGAGACUCCAAGUCACUGGAGCCAAUUGGCAUAUCCAAGCCAGAGGAGGAAUUUCAUGUUCCCUUACAUUCGUACAGGUGUCAUCUAUACCUUCGUCCAACAGGAAUGUUAGAGGGUCAGUUUAAAGAGUCCACGACUUAUAUUGCCUGGAGGGAAGAGCUACAUAGGAGCAAUGAAGUCAAGUGCUUGUUACAGUGCCCAGCCAUCGAGACAAAUUUCUUGCCUCUAAUAAUCAGCUCAACAGCUGUACCUGAUGAACUGAAUUUUAUUUCAACUUAUGGAGAGGAGUGGGAUCCUGCCUAUAUUAUCCACCUUUACCCUACACUGACUGUGAGGAAUCUUUUACCAUACUCCUUGAGAUAUUUGCUUGAGGGAACAGCAGAAACACGUGAAUUGACAGAAGGGAGUGCUGCAGAUGUUUUUCAUUCAAGAAUCAAUGGAGAAAUAAUGGAGCUUGUGUUGAUAAAAUAUCAAGGCAAAGACUGGAAUGGGCAUCUUAAAAUUUGUGAUGGGAUGCCUGAAUUUUUUUCUGUGUGUUUCGCAUCCCAUUCCGCGACAGUGAUGACAGUGGAUAUUUACAUACAUACUAGGCGAAUUGGAAGCCGUAUGAUCUUGUCUGUGUUCAGUCCUUAUUGGAUAAUCAACAAGACUUCCCGUAUUCUCCAGUAUCGAGCUGAAGACACUCAUGUGAAACAUCCAGCAGACUACAGAGAUAUUGUUUUGUUCUCCUUUAAAAAGAAAAAUAUUUUUAGUAAAAAUAAGAUCCAGUUAUGUAUUUCAACUAGCGCUUGGUCCAGUAGCUUUUCGCUUGAUACUGUAGGAAGCUAUGGAUGUGUCAGGUGUUCAGCUAAUAACAUGGACUAUCUGGUUGGAGUUAGCAUCAAAAUGAGCAGUUUUAACCUUACUAGGAUAGUUACCUUCACUCCAUUCUACACAAUAGCAAACAAAUCUUCACUAGAACUAGAAGUUGGAGAAAUUGGUCCUAAUGGCUCUCUUCCAACUAAUAAAUGGAACUACAUUUCUGCUUCAGAGUGUCUUCCAUUUUGGCCUGAAAACUCAUCUGGUGAACUUUGUGUAAGAGUAGUUGGCUAUGAAAGCUCAUCCAAACCAUUCCUGUUUAAAGCCCAGGAUAAUGGUACUCUGCUGAGGCUGGAAGAAUUG